AUGCCUCACACACUAAAUCACUGUUCAACGAUAGCUUUAUCAUGGUUUACAGCACAUUCGGCGCGGCCGUUUUGCUCCAUCGCCUCCAUCGGGUUCUGCCUUCGGCAGCCGCACCGGGUGGUUACGAGCACCACUUUCGGCGGCGGUAUUACAAAUGGGCCAAACGGCACAAAUAGAAGUGUUAUAUGCAUGGCGAACCCUAGGAGAGUGCAAAUGGUGUCCAGGCAGAUAAGAAGGGAGAUUUCCGACAUGUUGCUCAUGGAUAAGGUUUUGCAGCACGCGGUGUUGCCGGAAUCUGCCUUGGGCGCCGACCGAUACCUGUCGUCGGUCACUACGGUUACCGAUGUCGAGGUUUCAGCUGAUUUGCAGGUUGUCAAAGUGUAUGUAUCUGUUUUUGGAGAUGAAAGAGGAAAAGAAGUCGCUAUAGCAGGGCUGAAAUCAAAAGCAAAGUAUGUACGAAGUCAGCUGGGAAAGCGUAUGAAGUUGCGGCUCACCCCCGAAGUCCGUUUCAUAGAGGAUGAGUCUAUUGAACGAGGAAGCCGGGUACUUGCUAUAUUAGAUAGACUAAAGGAAGAGAGAGAGAGAGAAGCAACAAAAGUCGGAGAUCAUGAAUCCGAUGGAGGCUAUGAUGAUGAUGAUGAUGAUGAUGAUGAAGAGUGGAAAGACGAUGACAUGGACGAUGAGGGCAUCAUUUAUGUUGAUUAG